AGAGUACCUACAUAAUUGGAAAUUACGUAGGUACGCAUAUAUUUUUUAAUUGCAUUUCCUCUUGAACAUAUUGCGCAAUUAUAAAUAUAAAUAGGAUGCUUAUUGAGAUUUAAAAGCAUAUAAAAGAGAGGCAGAUACUCCUCUUACUGCAUUUUGUUAAUAGUCCCACGAUGGUUCUUUCUAUGGACAGAUGGAAAGGCAAAGUAGCCGUUGUUACUGGUGCUAGUUCUGGAAUAGGAGCAGCCAUUGCAGAACUAUUAGUGGAGAAUGGACUUUUGGUAGUAGGUGCUGCUAGAAGAAAAGAAAGAAUAGAUGCGUUAGCUCAUAAACUUCAAGGCAAAAAGGGGAAGUUGUACUCAGUCAAAGCAGACAUGACCAAAGAAGAAGACAUAAAAGAAAUCUUCAAAUGGACUUCGACAAAUGUUGGUCCUGUAGCUAUCCUAGUCAACAAUGCUGGUUGCGUAAAACACGUAGGUCUAAUAGAUGGUGACACAGAAGCUUGGAAAGCCACUAUUAAUGUUAAUCUGUUAGCAUUAUGCAUAGCAACAAGAGAGGCAAUUAGUAUCAUGAAAAAGAAUAAUAUUGAUGGACAGAUUAUUCAUAUAAAUAGCGUAUUCGGUCAUAAAGUAAGUAAUUUUCCACAAGUGAACGUGUAUCCAGCAACCAAACAUGGAGUGACUGCUUUGACAGAAACAUUAAGGAACGAACUAAACGCAUUAAAGUCAAAAAUAAGAGUGACCAGCAUUAGUCCUGGUUUGGUUGAGACAGAAAUGGUCGACGAAGUUAAAAAUUCUGAUUAUUUUGAGCAACUAAAAAAUUCAAUAUUAAAACCGGAAGAUAUAGCUGAUGGAGUUUUAUACGUCCUCUCUACACCACCACAUGUACAGAUUCACGAGCUAAUGAUUAAGCCACUGGGGGAACAGUUUUAAAUUGUUUAGUUAGUCAAGCGGUUAGCAUUUAGUUGUAUUUUGUUUAUUUUUAUUUAAAUUAAUAAAAUUUUCAUUUUAUAAA